AGAGCGGAAGGGGUCAGCAGGUUGCGCCUGCGCACUCUGUAGACUAGGCGCCUCCGCCUCCGCGGCCAGGGUACCAGGCGAGGGUUUCUUGGCGGAAUGGUGCCACGGUGCCAGGUUGAAGUGUUGUAUUUUGCAAAAAGUGCUGAAAUAGCAGGAAUUCGCUCAGAGACCAUUUCUGUGCCACAAGAAAUAAAAGCAUUGCAGCUGUGGAAUGAGAUAGAAACUCGCCAUCCUGGGAAAGAUAUGAAUGAAGUUGAAGAGAAAUCUAAAGAUAUAAUAAAGUUCACCUCUGAGAAACUUUCAAUAGAUGAAGCUUCACAGCUGGUGAUUUCUCCUGUCUGCGGUGCAGUAUCCCUAUUUGUAGGAACUACAAGGAAUAACUUUGAAGGCAAGAAAGUCAUUAGCUUAGAGUAUGAAGCAUACCUACCAAUGGCAGAAAAUGAAGUCAGAAAAAUUUGUAGUGACAUUAGGCAGAAAUGGCCAGUCAGACAUAUAGCAGUGUUCCAUCGACUUGGCUUAGUUCCAGUGUCAGAAGCUAGCAUUAUCAUUGCUGUGUCAUCAGCCCACAGGGCUGCAUCACUUGAAGCUGUGAGCUAUGCCAUUGAUAAUUUAAAAGCCAAGGUGCCCAUAUGGAAAAAGGAAAUGUAUGAAGAAUCACCAUCAUCUUGGAAAAGAAACAAAGAGUGCUUUUGGGCAACGAGUGACUCAACCACUUAGGUUUUUAGAGUCCUAAGAUUUAAACUUGGUGUAAACUCUUACCUUUAAUCAUGUUUUAAUUUUUUUCUCCAGAAGACAGGUUACUGAACAUAGUCUCUUACGUGACACUAGUGGAAAGCAAAAUAAAUGAAUGUUUAGAUGAGGGCUUAUAUGGGAACUAGAGAUAGAAAAAAGAAAGGCUUUAGGGAGAAAAAUGGAAGAAUAACUUAAAUGUGAGAAAAGAUGCCUGUGGGAAGCAUAUUAUUCCAUGACUGAGUUGUCAUUUUAACUUGACUCACACUGAGUGAGGCCUCUCCUAGAUACCUCUGAGGCUUGCCCCCAGCCUCUGUCCCUUCACCCAGUGAUGGCAUUCUUAUCAGGGAUGCCUUUGGGGAAUGGUGGCAAAACUGGAAGGUCUAAAGUCUCCGUAUCAGAUAUCCUUGAUAAUCAUAUAUUUUUAGAAUUUAUGUAUUUAAAAAAUAGGCUAUAUAAACAUGAUUUUAAAAGUUUAAAAGCAAUAUUUUCCUGUUUUUUAAAAUUCAGUGAUAAUACCUAAGGUUUUUCAUGAUAUGGAGAUUUCUAGUAUUUCAGAGUCUAUAAUCUUACUUACCAUAAUACUUAUAUUUUAUUAGUAUUAGUAUUAGAGCAAUAUAUAAAUUAGCAUAAAUUGUUGUAAAACAAGGCAGACGAGCAACAAAGGUGCUUUUUAUUAUAAUGUUAAUUAUAAAAUUGGGCCAACAACCAAUUAAAAAGGAAAAUUUUAUGAUUAUUUAGUAAAGCAUGUUCAGAUAAUUUUAAUUGCUUUAAGCAACAUUAUCAUUAGUGAAGUCAUUAAUAAAGUUAUAUUUUCUGCAAGAUCUUCAUACUAAAUAAUGCUCCAGUUUUUGCUUGAUCAAUCUAUAGACUAUCUUGAUAGAUCUUAGUGUAUAAGUUCCAUAUAAUUCUUUUUUACUGAAGUAUAGUUGAUUAACAACAUUGUGUUUCAGGUGUACAGCAUAGUGAUUCAGGGUUUUUUUUACAGAUUAUAUUCCAUUAUGGGUUAUUGCAAGAUGGUAUAAUUCCCUGUGCUGUACAGUAAGUCUUUGUAGCUUGUCUGUUGUAUGUAUAGUAGUUUGUAUCUGUUAAUUCCAGACUCCUAAUUUGUCCUUCUCCCCUCCCUCUCCCCUUAAACCACAAGUUUGUUUUCUAUGUCUGUGAAUGUUUCUGUUUUGUACAUUGAUUCAUUUGUGUUAUUUUUUAGAUUCCACAUGUAAGUGAUAGCAUAAAAUAUUUGUCUUUGAUUUAUUUCACUAACAUAAUAUUCUCUAGGUCCACCCAUAUUGCUGCACAUUGCAAUAUUUUAUUUUAAUGGUGAGGAAUAUUCCAGUGUGUGUGUGUGUGUGUGUGUGUUUGUUUGUGUGUGUGUGUAUCUCACAUCUUUUUAAGCCAUUUGUGUGUUGAUGGGCACUUGGGUUGCUUCCAUGUCUUGACUAUUGUAAAUAGUCAUGCCAUGAACUUUGGGGUGCAUGUAUCUAUUUGAACUACAGUUUUUGUGUUUUCCUGAUAUAUAUAUAUACCCAGAAGUAGAAUUGUGGGUCAAUGGUUUUAGUUUUUUAAGGAACCUCCAUACUGUUUUCCAUAGUGGCUGCACCAGUUUACAUUACCACCAGCAGUGUAGGAGGGUUCUUUUUUCUCCACACCCUCUCCAGCAUUUAUUAUUUGUAGUCUUUUUGAUGAUGGCCAUUCUUUUUUUUUUUAAUUUUUAAUGAUUUUUAUUUUUUCCAUUAUAGUUGGUUUACAAUGUUCUAUCAGGUUUCUACUGUACAGCAAAGAGAUCCAGUCACACAUAAUAUAUACAUUCUUUUUUUUGCACAUUAUACUCCAUCAUGCUCCAUCACAAGUGACUAGAUAUAGUUCCCAGUGCUAUGCAGCAGGAUCUCAUUGCUUAUCCAUUCCAAAUGUAAUAGUUUGCAUCUAUUAACCCCAGAUUCCCGGUCCACCCCACUCCCUCCCCCUCCCCCUUGGUAGCUACAAGUCUGUUCUCCAAGUCCACGAGUUUCUUUUCUGUGGAAAGUUUUAUUUGUGCCAUAUAUUAGAUUCUAGAUAUAAGUGAUAUCGUAUGGUAUUUGUCUUUCUCUGAGUUACUUCAGUUAGUAUGAAGGUCUCUAGUUCCAUCCAUAUUGCUGCAAAUGGCAUUAUUUUGUUCUCUUUUAUGGCUGAGUAGUAUUUGACUGUAUACAUAUACCGCAUCUUCUUAAUCCAUUUAUGAUGGCCAUUCUGAGUGGUGUGAGGUGACAACCUCAUUGUAGUUUUGACUUGCAUUUCUCUAAUACUCAGUGGUGUUGAAACAUCUUUACAUGUGCUGUUAGCCAGCUGUUUCCCUUCUUUGAAAAAAUAUCUGUUUGGGUUUUCUGCCCAUUUUGUGAUUGGGUUGUUUUUUCACAGUGUAUAAGCUGUUCUCUAUUUCGGAUGUUAGCCCCAGCCCUUUGGUCUGCCCCAGCAGUUGACCCAUCAACCAUCCGGGCUUGUCUUCAACCGGGUGUGGGACCCCAUGACUGGGAGGCCCAGUCUGUGGCUUGACCUGCACACCCUGCAGGGAGGGUUCGCCCCUACAGACCUUCUCUUCCUUUCAGAUCCCUUCUGAGGGUGAUGGUCCCAACGUAAUGCCCUUUUCCCAUCCUCCCCAAGUUAUGUGGAUAUCUUUCUUGCAGCCUCGGUUGUAUAGGAGUUGUUCUGCCAGUUUCCAGUUAGUUUUCUGUGGGAAUUGUUCCACAUGUAGAUGUAUUUUUGAUGUGUUUGUGCGGGGAGGUGAGUGCCGUGUCUUUGUACUCCACCAUCUUUAUCUGACCUAAAUAUUUUUAGAGUAAUAAAAUAUCGGCAUAAUUUAGGGCAGUUGACAUCAUAAAAUUUUCAUUAUACAUAUUGGGAACAAAGACAUACUUUCAUUAGAUUGUUUUUUUGUGUUUUUUUAGGAAUAUUAUUUGUUACACCUAGUGAAACAUUUUUUUACCUCAGGAAGUCAUUUAUUCAACAAAUAUUGACUACCUUUUCUGUGCUGCACAUCCAGCAGUGGUCCUUGUCCACCAACCUUACAUACCAUGAGAAGAUCCUGCAUCCUGUCUUUGGCUGGGACCUACAAAACCUAAGGAAUCUCCUGCUGAUUUGGUGCUUAUUCCUUAACCUGUCCAGAGAUUGGGCCGGAAGAGUCCUGGGAAGGCAGGCAAACCCUCACCAACUGUUCCGCUGUUCCCUUACUGAUGUGGGGUUGCCUGGCUUGUCUCAACCUUACCCUUUCUGGAGUCAGUGCUUCCCUCUCCCUCCACCAAACUUUAUCCUAUUCCCAUUGGAGAACAACGGCUGGCAGUUGGAUAAGAGUACAGUUACAUUCUAUGAAAGUACGUUAUCAUGAGGUAUUAGUCCACCAGAUAGUCCCAGGACUUUGUACCCACAUUCAUGUGGUUUUUGUUUAUUGCAUAUGUUCGUAUGAUUAUGUGUGAAUUUAAGGUUUUUUUACUCAGGUAUUUCUUUAGAGGAUCUUCAUUGAUGAUAAUUAUAUUUUUUAAAAAUCUAAAACACUCUCUAAACAUGUUUUUAAAGAAUCAUGUCUUCAUUAAGUAAGGAACACAGACUAUUAUGCUUUUAAGUCUCCAGACAGAGGUUAAAGAGUCAGUGUGGGUCAUGCUAAAAUUGGGAUGGAAUGUCCCUGACAGUUUUUAUUGCAUUGCACUGGGUUUAAGUAGGGUCUUCAUUGAAGUAUUUUGUGAUUUUGUGGAUAUUUUGCCAUUUGGAAAGAUGUCAAGUCACAAUAUAUUUUCAGUAUCUUUUGAGAAUAGUGAUUAGGAAGCCAGAAAUUUGAGUCUUGAUCAUGCGACCUUAGAUUCCUGAAUGAACCUAUUAGAGAAUUUGAAAACAAUUCCUGGGUGUCUCUUGAAUUCAGUCAUUUCUUUAUACACUCCUGCAUUUGUCACCUAAGCUACCACUCCAUUUCUCUUGGACUGUUUCUGUGGCCUGGUGACAGUCCCCCUCUCACAUCCCACUUGGGUCAGUUCAUCAUCUUGCUUGAACCUUUUCAUAGGUAAUCACAUCUUAGGACCUCAGAAUCCUCACCUACAACUGAGCGGGCUCCUGCCUGCCCUCCUCAUUGCUCUUGCUCAGGCUCCCUCCUCUGUGUGGCAGGCAGUAGGCGGCAUUUCCCUUGGGGCCCUUACUUGUCCCUUUGUCUAGAAUGCUCAGCUCCAGGUGUUUCCAUAAUCUGCUUCCUCGCUUUAUUUCCUCACUUCCUGCCUGAUUCAGUGUUACCUCCUCAGAGACCCUUCUCUGACUACCCUAGUUAAAACUGGAAUCCUGUUCCCUUGCUCUGCUUUAUAUCUUGCUGUGGCACUUACCACUCACUACCUGAUGUACUACAUCUAUUAGUUUAUUUCCAUAACUAUACUGUCAACUUCUUGAGGCCAGGGGCUUUUGUCUCCAUCAUCACAGUGUCUGACCAUGACAUUCACAAGAGUUAGACAUUCUCUUAAGGGGGUAGUGAUUUGUGUGGUGUAGUUAGGCAGCUCACCCAGCAGAGGGCAGUAGAGCCAGGGCUAUAGUAACAACAAUUUAAGUUUGCUUUUUAGUUGGUUACUUUUAUUUUGUACAGAAUCAAAAAGUUCAGUUCGGUUAGUAGCCUUUUUCUUUUAGUUAGGUUGGUGUGGUCCUCAGAUGGAAAUCAGUCCCUGUUUUUGAAAAAGAUGAUUUCCAGUCUUUAGUUGGUUCUUAGUUUAAAAGGUUAUAUUAGGAUGAGGAAUUUUUAAAAUGUUCUGUGUAGUUUUAAAAAGCAAUGUAGAAUAAACAAAAGGAAUUACUUUUUAAAAAUGUAUAAAUGUAAGACUUUUUUCCAGUUUGGGACAGAAUGGUAGCUUGUUACAGGUCUUUAGCAGCACUUCCUAACCUACACUGUGAUAAAAAAAAAUGAACAUACAAAGCACCCCAGACACACCUACUGAUAGUAGUUCUGCAGUAAGCUUCCCUUAUGAUAUGGUUCACCAGAACUGAGGAAGGUGUGUGGGUGGGAAAAGCAGCACAAACCGCACAACCUUUGCAUUGAUGCAUCUUCUAUGCAAUGACAGCUGGUAUGUACCUUGUUUUAUAAUUUCAGCACAUUCAUUUCAGCAUAUUUAAUCCUUAAGAAUAUGUAAACCUACUUGCUUACUAGUAAAUUUUUUUUUGUGAAAAGCUAUGCAGAUGACUGCUCUUGCAGGCUGCAGCAGUUUGGCCAUUUUUUUCCUUCUAUUUCAAGUACUUAUUUAUGUCUAGAGGUUAAGAUGUGCAUCUCAGACUUUAAUAUGAAUCAUCUGGCCAUCUUGUUGAAGUUCCAGUUUGAAUUCAGUUCUGUGUGAUACCUGAGAUCUACGUUUUAUAAUAGGAUCCAGAUGAUGCAGCACCUUCUACCUGUUGACCACAUCAAGAGGAACAAGGCUUUACAUCUAGUCCCUAAACUAUGAAGGCAGUCUAAGGUUCCUGCAAAGCAUCUUUGUGACCACUGCUAUUAAUGUAAAAGGUUAGACACAUCCUCCCUCUUCUCUACUGAGUCUUGAGUGUGUUCUGAAGCACAGUGAGUACAUAAGUACAGUGAAAUAAGUCAGAAAAUUCAAAUUCCAAAGUAAAUAGCUUUAUUUUCAAAAUGAGUAAUGAUAUUCAGUAAUGUGGUAUGUAAAGAGUGGUUUACAAUUAAAUAAUACUUUGAUUCUCAUACUUUAAUAGGAGAAAAGCUAAUUUAGUUUGUUGAUUGCUGCUCCAAUUUGAUUUUUAUUUCUCGGAAAUCAAAUGAAUUGUGAAACUCGAUGUACAAACCUGCGUGCAUUUUUAUAUUUUCGGCGGAAAGAAAAAAGACAAAAACCAGUUAAUCCCAAAAAAGCAAAUAUACUUAUCACAUCUUAAAUUUUUACACAUUAUGUAUGAAGGAAACUAAGACAAUGUCUUUAAAAAAUAUACAAUUUUAACAUAAUUGUGCAAUAUAUACAGUUUGACCUUAUCUGCCAAAAUAAAUCAGGUACAUAUGAAACCAUCUAUUUAUAUUUACAUAAUGGCUACAUUUUCAUUCUUUAAGGUUGAGAAAUAGUUAACAUUUUUAUUUCAAAUUUUACCCCCAUGUAUACUUCUUACCGCUAGCUAGUCUUUGGAUUGAUUAAAAUGAGUAUGCGUUAAUGAGGGCAUAGUCCUAAAAAGUUGUGUAUAUAAUUAUUUUUUGUGUGCAAGUAGAAAGAUUAAAGAUGGACCAGGGAGCUCAGUUUGAGAAAUCCUGUUUAAUGGUUUAUAUAAUGGUGUCCUAAUUCAUUAGUUUUCAUAAAUUAAGUUAUAGUUGUGUAUAAUAAAUUACAUUAUAAAAUUAUACCUUUUAUAAUAACUUUUAGUAUAAUCACUUGUGUGAUUAUGAUAAAUUGGUUUUAGUUUUCACAGUUAAUAACUUUUACUACUUUAUAUAAAUAACAUAGGCAGCUAGGAAUCUGUCCAGUUCUCAUUUUGCUGCUAAAAUGAACAAUGAACAAUUUCAAAUCUUGAUACAGUUUCUUCUGUUUUGCUAUGUUAUUAUGUCAUAAGGCUCGUGUGGCAACCAUGCAUGAAGCAACUCAAUUUUUAUCACAUUCUAUGAAUAUUGUCUAUAUACCAUUUAUGAAAUGGAAACUGUAAGAUGGCAUCAUUUAAGCCCCAUAUUUCCUCACUUUUAAAACAAAAGUAUGGCUGAAUACGAAUAGUUAGCUAUGUCUUUCAAACAAUUCUUUAAUUUCUGGGAUGAAUACUUAGUCUUUGCUUAAAAAGUGCUGGAGAAAUACUCCUCGCUAGAGUCUCUGCCUCAAAUCUGUGAUCUGACAAUGCUGUAUACUCAGGCCACUUGCUCUUAGUGCAGCGGUUCUCAGUCAGAAUGAUUUUGCCUCCUAGGAGGUGUUACACAUUGUCUGGAAACAUGGUCACAACUAGGGGGAGAGGUUGCUUCUGGUUGGUGGUAGAGAGGCCAGGGAGGCUGCUAAACAUCCUACAAUGCACAGGACAGUCCCCUGAAAAAAAUUACCUGGCCCCAAAUGUCAGUAGUGUCAAAGAUGAGAAACCCUUCCUCAGUGUGGUAAACGGUACAGAGACAAGUGGCCAUUUUUCAGUCUGUAGUAAUCCAGCUUCUUCAUGGCAACAGUACCGUCAAGGAGGAUUAUCUAAGGCACAAGGCUUGCCAGAGCUCACAAGCUCGCUGUGUGUAUGUGACCUCAGUUUAGCUUAGUUUAAGGAUGGUGAGGCAGAGUAACCUAACAGGAUGACAUGUAUAACUCAUAGUAUGUUACACUGAACUAGUAUAUAGAUAUAUACAGCAGUGACUCAGUUUAUUAAAUAGUCUGUAUCAAUUAAGGACCAGUUUCUCCUCCACUCUUUUUAAAAAAGUAAUUAUCCUUGGAAUGAAACAGUGUUUGAACCCACACGGCUGUUAUAAGAAUUGGGCUCUAGCAGUGUAACUAGAAAGUACCAUGCUGUUUUUGCUAUAAACCCGUGAUAUUUUAUGUCUAAUUUUUUUUUAAUCCCUUUGUUUUGUCAAAUACAAAUAAAUCACGGAAGUGUACAGACAGGCCUACCUGGUCAUGGAGGCCAGGCGCAUGCAUGAGCUGAUUCCUGUUUCCCUCUGACUUCUCUUUGGAGUCAGAUUCUUGGAGGAUUGUCUAUUUGUCUUAUAAGAAACCCAGAUUGUGGGUUUUUAAAUUUAAAAGCGUCACUGCUAAGCUCCAGCCCAGUCUCCUCAUUUCGUAAUGAGGACACUGAAGUUUAGAGUCUGAGUGACUUGUCCAGAGCUUUCAGUAUGUACUUUCUGACAUAAAAGUCCCCACAGCCUUCGCCUGUGCCCUUUCCCCCCGACUCUCUCCUAGAGAUCGUGUGGGCUCAGAAGUAGAGAAAAGAAGGUGCAACUAAGUGGUGUUCCUCGUGGUGGCCCAUUUACAUCACAAGGACUGGGGACACUUGUUAAAAUAUGGGUCACACGACCUCAUUCCACCCCAACUAAACCUGACUCUCAGGAUCUGGGGCCUGAGACUCUACACCUGGUGAGCAAACUCCAGGGGAAGGUCUUUCUUCUGGAAGUUUAAGGCCUCCAGAAACAGACAAGUAGAGCGGGUGCCUGUGCUAAUUUGAUGGCUUUUGAUGUCUCCUUGUAGCGUCUUGAAAAAUUCCUGAGAUGUUUUACCUUGUUUAUGCUGUCGGAAGUCUCAGCAAUUAGAAGUUCACUUGGACUUAUUUUUCUUACAUAUUUAGCAACAAAUGAAAGUAGCUCUCUGAAGUUAAGGGGAUUAUACAGUAAUUCAGGCAAGUGUGGAAGUUAAACAGAUGGCAUCCUUCUCACAUCUGGAGAAGAGCAGCUGCCCUGGGAAUGAAGGAUUUAGACAAGGGGUUCCAGGAGGGUGGAUAACUCUGCACUCCUGGAGAGGAAGGGGGGCAGCAGCCGAAUGGGUGCAUCAGGAGGUGGAAGAGAGAUUCGGUGAAGGAUUCCAAAGAAACUACUCAUCUCUCAAAAAUGCAGAAGGUCCUUGCCAGCCAGCCAUUCAAGUCAGCCAUUGUGUGUCCUGAAGGAAAAAGGAAAUUUCUUCUUCCUUCCAGGCAGGGCCACUGGCAGCGGACAGGAUCAUGCCAUAAAUGUUGUUACAGACUAGAAACAAAAGUUUGUGCUUUGGCCUCUAAACGCCCCCCUUCCCCUUAAAUGGAGAUUUUUCUCUGCAGGAGCGCUCCUACCAGUCAUUCUAGCACGUUAGGAUAAGAAUACCAUGGAAGGAAAGGGGGCUCUGAAGAAGCAAGUGUGGGCUGACAACAGCACAUUGUACCUAGUUUAUAAACCAAAUUAUCACUGAAAAUACCUUCUAUGGCAAUUUUGGAUGAGCAGCAGAAAUUCAAGACCAGUGGUUUUUUAUUAUUCCCCAUCAGCACUAAUAUCCUAAUUAUAUAUUGAUUCUACUUCACUUUCAUUGUUUAAAAACAAUCAUUUUAAAUGGUUCCCCACCACCACCCCUAAAAUCUCAGAAAGGUUAUAGUUUUCUUUAAGACUUCUCCUGUUUGGAAGCAUUUUGUAUUUCUGCUACAAUGUACAUUAUAAUGUAAACUCCGGACCAGCCAGCAGAAAGAUCACUCCCCCCGAACCCGAAUAUAAAAUAAGUCCUUGAGUCUUUAGACACCUACCCUCCCAACCCCCCCACGCACCCCCAAUUUCUUUCCAAACUGACCUGCAGUUUUUUAAAAAUAAAAUAUCAGGCUAGUUUACCUGUUACAUUAAAAAUUACACUGCGGUUUUUAAACAACCCAUUCAUGAGAACAGUAAACCCUGGCUGUGAUGCUGCUACUUCCUCUGCAGUGGGAACUGCUGGGUGAUUCAGCUGUUGAGUUCUGUGGUCUCAUCAAUUUCAUCUGGAUUUUUGGUCAUUUUUUCAUAUUUUCUUUUGAAGAAUCCGAGCUGUAAAAGGAUGAUGUAAAAUUGUUACCACUUCUAGCUGAUUUUGUUUUGGUCCAGCACCCCCUUGCUAGUGCUGCUUCUAAAGCAUCCACUGGAAACUGGGGGGCUCUGGAGAAGCCAGUGUGCAAAGUGCUAACCUGGCAUCAGCCCUUCAGCGAGGAGAUGAAUACCCAGAGUUGAAAUGACUUGCACCAGGUAAAUUUUUCAGGGUGCACUUAUUUGCAGCUGAAUAAAACCUUCCCGGAUGAAAGGCAAGUUGGAAAAAAGGGAUCCAGAACAAAGAGAUAAAAUCCUUUCUGAUUGUUUUCAAGAACAUGAGUGAGAACUUGCAAAUAAAUUUGACAAUUCUUUUUUUCUUUUUGCCAUUUUUUGGACCACUUCAGUGGCAUAUGGAGGUUCCCAGGCUAGGGGUCAAAUCGGAGCUGUAGCCGCUGGCCUAUGCCAGAGCCACAGCAACGCGGGACCCAGCUGUGUCUGCAAUCUACACCGCAGCUCACGGCAACACUGGAUCCUUAACCCACUGAGCAAGGCCAGGAAUCAAACCCGCAACCUCAUGGUUCCUAGUUGGAUUCGUUAGACACUGCGUGCCAGGAUGGGAACUCCUCUUUUUUUCUUAUAAUGGAGGAGGAAGUACCAUAUAAAACUUAAGAGUUGCUGUGUGAUGGGGAAAGUCAAGGCCUAUCUUUAGGACCUCUAUUUUUAAAUAUGAAACAUUUCUUACCUUCCAUAAAACUGCAACCAAAGCUAAUAGCAAAAGGAUUCCAGCAAUUACACUUCCUAUUAUAACUCCAGUUGGUACUUCAGCUUUCUCAUGGGGUUUCAUUAUUGUAAUGGGAAUCUGCAAGUGUAUAUACAAAACAAUUGUGUUAUCUCAACACCUCAUUUUCCUGAAAUGUACUUUUUAAAUAUUUUUAGUACUCCCCUCCCCCCAGGCUAAAUUUAUAGCACUUUGAUUUUUAAGUCCAUGUUUCCUUUGGCUCCCUUUCUGACUUUCCACACCCCAGCCUCUGAAGGGAGGGUGUGGGCCUUCACUGAUUCUCAGAUCCUAAACCAGAAGCAGGAAAGCAUCCUCUAUGUGGAGUCAUUUUAGCUGACACAGCGGUGCUGUGAGCUCCACUCAGUCAUUGAACGAGGUCCAGAGUUCACAAGGCCAUUGGCUUUUUAACCAAGUCCAUAGGCUGCAGCAGUGGAUUGAUGCCAGCCACCAAGCCGGCCUUGGGGGCAGAGUCUUGAAUUGGUUUCCAAUUCCUAACAAAAGCAUCAGGAGGGAAAUGCUCAGGACUCUGCCAGGGGAUUAGCUGAGCAUGGAAAUCCCACUCUAUCUAAAUAUGGCGUAUUCUAACCAGAGUUCCAGUGCAAAGGAAAGCUAUCUUGUGCCAGCUCUUGGAACAGUGAGCCUUUGUUUUCUGUGAAUGUAUGUUUCUUUGCCAAACCUUUUUUUCUUUUUUUUUUCUUUUUUAAUCAAGAGAAGCAUUUAUAGUUUUCUAGACUAAAGAUCUAAUGAAUGGAUGUUUCACAGUGUCAGUGUAUAGUUGUAAGGAGUGCUACUGGAAGAAAAAAGCCUUCUAAUACAUGCCUUGUUUAUUAAAGCAUACUUCAGCACUUCUUUUUAAAUACUCUAAAACACUAUGUAUGAUUCAAAUGAGCAGGACUUAGAUUUCACGGCCUCGGAUCGAGACUGCUUUGUGUAAGCAUGAGCAGAAAAGGAGCAGCUGGUGGUGCAGGCCAGGCCCAGAGGAGGGAGAAGGGAGCCACAGCAAGAUGGAGCCCCUUCUGUUGUGCCCUCCAUCAGGUCAUCACUUCUGAUGCAGCUCUGCCAGUGUGUGGGCAAGGAGGAGGGCAAGGAUACCACCGGGUAUUUUUGCUUUUUGUUUUUGAGUAGAAAACACCCUGGACCAAAAGCUGACCUGAUCAACACUAGACUUGUAGAAUUUCAGUAAGAAACUUGUAUAUACAUAUGUGUGAGAACAAUGAGCAUUCUCACUUGUCAGAAGUGGAAUGCCUGUUCUGGACUCCAGCACCCAUAGGAAGGGAUGUGAUGCACUCACCAUGACAGUGUUUUCUUCGAUCACAUAUAUCUGAGGGUUAUAGGUGUCGAUUUCUGCAGCUGCUGUCAGCUGUACUGUCUGGAAAGUCGACUGCAACAUAAGAAAAAUAAUAUAUUUUAUCCUAGCAGACAUUAAUGCAUAAAACCAGCACGUUCAUUAUUUCCUUGUGGAAAGUGACAAGAACAAAUACCAGCUCUGAAGACUCAAGCAUCUUUUUGUGCUUAAAUCACUGAUGUGACGGACCACACCUGAAAAGUACCUGAGAAACUUAAAACUGUGUGGGUGACCAGGCCCUGCUACCGCAAAUUAAACUGAGUCUCUGGGAGGUGGGGGGCUAGAUAUCAGCAGCUUAAGACCUCUCUCCAGGUGAUUCUAACUUGAAAACAAGGGUUUAGAAAUGAAGUUCUAAAUUUUUAAAAAAUUCUUUUAUUAAAGUAUAGUUGAUUUACAGUGUUGUACCAGGAGUUCCUGUCAUGGCACAGCAGAAACACAAAUCUGACUAGGAACCAUGAGGUUGUGGGUUUGAUCCCUGCCCUUGCUCAGUGGGUUAAGGAUCCAGCGUUGCCGUGAGCUGUGGUGUAGGUUGCAGCCGCAGCUCAUCUGGUGUUACUGUGGCUGUGAUAUAGGCCAGCAGCUGGAACUCCGAUUGGACCCCUAGCCUGGGAACCUCCAUAUGCCACAGGUGCGGCCCUAGAGAAGCAAAAAAGAAAUCCCCAAAAACAAAAAAACCAAUUUUUGCUGUACAGAAAAGUGACUUGGUCAUAUAUAUAUAUAUACACAUACAUACAUACACAUAUACACACACACCCCCAUUUUUAAUAUUAUUUUCCAUCAUGAUCUAUCCCAGGAGGUUGGAUAUAGUUCCCGGUGCUAUACAGUAGGACCUUAUUAUUUAUCCAUUCUAAAUGUAAUAGUUCGUAUCUACUAACCCCAAACUCCCAGUCCCUCCCCCAUGGUACCCACAGUUCUGUUCUCCAUGUCUGUGAAUCUGUUUCUAGCUUAUUCACAGCAACAUGGAUGCAACUGGAGGUUAUAAGUCAGGCAGAGAAGGACAAAUACCAUAAGAUACCACUUAUAUGUGGAAUCUAAAAUAUGGCACAAAUGAACCUAUCUACAAAAUAACGAAGUUUUUUUUUUUUUUGUCUUUUUGCUAUUUCUUUGGAGCCGCUCCCACGGCAUAUGGAGGUUCCCAGGCUAGGGAACCUAGCUGUAGCAACCGGCCUACCAGAGCUGUAGCCACCGGCCUACGCCAGAGCCACAGCAACGCGUGAUCCGAGCCGCGUCUGCAACGCCGGAUCGUUAACCCACUGAGCAAGGGCAGGGAUCCAACCCGCAACCUCAUGGUUCCUAGUCGGAUUCGUUAACCACUGUGCCACGACGGGAACUCCAAAAUAACGAAGUUUUUAAUUGGGAAAGAUCAUACUUUAGAUUUUUAAAAACUUAGUGAAGUUUGUGACAUGAGGGAAAAUUGAAAGCCUGAAUAAGUCACUAUAUGGAAUGGAAAAUUGGAUUAAAAAGGAAGAUUUUGGGGGUACACAUGUGUAAAAUACUGUUUAAGGACCAUGCAUGGGAGAAGAAUCUGAAGAAGAAUGGAUGUGCAUAUAUGUAUAACUGAAUCACUUUGUUGUACAGCAGAAAUUAUAAUACUGUAAAUCAACCAUAUUUCCAAAAUUUAAGAAAAAUUAAGGACCACGCAUGUCAGUGCAGAGACCCUAACUCUUGUGUCAGCACUAUAUAUAACGUAAUAAUUUCAGAUUUCCUAAUCUAAGCAUAUCUAUUAAAAAAAACACUGGGAUUUGGGGCAGGCAUAUAGGAAGGAUAUAUAUCUUACACUGAUGUUAUUAGUAACCUCCUACCAUUAAAUAAUUUUAUAUGCAUUCCUAAAUUGUUACAAAAAAUAAUUAUUUUCCAUUGGAUAUAUUAUUGAUGUGUAUAUUGUUUUCUCUAUAAUCAAAUAUUGAGACUGAUGCUUAUUUUGAAAUAGAAAGCAAUGCCCAGAUUUGACAGCUGCCUUCACAUGCUCUGGGUACUAGGAUUUCAUUUUUCUGGUUACUUGGGCACAUAAUUCAAUAUACUCCAUGAGGGAACUUGCUAAACUCUAUCUGGGAGCCAGAAAGAAUGCAUAUCCAAAAAGUGAGCAGUUCAUUUCCUUUCCACUGGCUCAGUCUUUGAUUAGUCUUAAUUUUCUCAACAUGCAAGAUUACGUCAGAAGUUAACCCUGAUCACUGGUCUUAAAUAUGUAUUAUUUGGGGAACAUUAAAGAAGUAAAAAAAAAAAAAAAAAAAGGAGUCACAGCUAAGCGAAUGCUCAAUUCAUAGUCCUGUAGACUAAAGAUGGAAGAAUUUCCUCACACCACUGAUACGUCUCUCCUGCUUAGCCUGGCCCUUUGCACAGGUACAUGGUAACUUGUGGGAUUAACAGGCAGUGGUAGUACACCAUGCAUACCUGGGAGAGUGAAGUCACACACCUGCUAGCAUUCAACAAACCUCUUCCUUACAAAUGGCAGCCAACAAUGCUAUUGAUCUGGAGGCUUGAGCAAUCACUUUGUGAUGAAAUUACAUGAAAUGAUGACUUACACUGCCUCAGAAAAAGGGUAAAAGGCAGUAUAUUAAUGGGCUCUAAUACAGGAAAUAGGAUUCAUGUUUUAGACUGGAUCUCCUCGGUGGCCUGAGAACAUCCACUUGGCUGUUGAAAUAGCUGAAACAAGGUGGAGGUAAAGAUUUGACCUUUCCUGAAGGAGGAAGACAUGUAGGACUUGAUACACAGUAACUCUCAUGGGUGUUUUUCAGCUUAACUAUCAUGACCAUGUUGCAAAUGCAUAAAUGAUAACACUUGUUCAGAAUUUUGCCCCCAGAAAUGAAACUGCUGCUUUUGAAAACCUUGGGGAAGGUGCUUUAAAAAGUCUUAGAGUUAAAAUGAUAUUGCUUUAAACAAACUCUAGAAAAGCCAAAUGCUUUUUACAGAGCUAGCUUGAUUGCCUUUUGAUUUGCAACAGUCAGUUUUCCUUCCCAGCUGGCAGAGGUAACUAUGAAAACAUUUGUUCCUCAAAUCCAAGGAGCCAAGAACCAACUGGUGAGACUGGGCACCAAAUGGCAGCAGCUGGGAUGAUGGUAUAACUGCCUGCUUCACAUCUUAUAAGAUUUUGAGGUGGCCUGAAGGCUGAAAGCAAAUGUGACUAACAAGAAAACACCAUAAAAGCAAGCAAGCCAGUAGGAAACUUAACUCCUCACUCUUCCACUUCUCUAGUUUUUCCCCUGCCUUCUACAGAGCCUUUCUAUUAUGUCUUUAUCCAAGAAUAUUGCUUAUAUUUUCGUUCUGGGGACAAGUUGGGAGGGAGCCGAGUUCUCUAAUGUUACAUAGCAGGGAAUGGGGUUAGAGGUCAAGAAGUGGUUAGAACAAUAGGGAAGAGAGUAUGGUUGCUAAGUGCCCUGAGAACUGACUGUUCAAAAAAAAAAAAAAA